AUGCAAUCCUCUACCCGCUCCAACACGGAAGACAGCCCCUCCUUCCCGCAAACCCCACCCUACACGCCCCUCGCCCGCAGACAGCGAGCCAAACGCUCCACCUCCCCAGCCUCAGUAGCCUCCAUCCACCCCUUAGAAACCAUCAGCCCAGCCAAAUCAUCCACACAAGACACCCCCACCCAAGAAGGCCCGAAAGUCUCCGAACUGCAGGAAGGCGACCCCGACUAUACCUCCGAAAUCCACCCCAUAUACCCGCAGUCGCUGGAAGAGCCCGAAAGCGACCUCGACGCCCAGCAACUCACUGAUACCACCAACUCCGAGACGGAGGCGGACUCCGACCGGAGUACGAAUGGGUUAUCCGCUCACCUCUCCCGGCUGGACUGCGAUGACUCUAGGCAGCAGGAGAGGGCGUUUGAGCGGAAUCGAAGAUCAAAGCACGCGCACAGACGGACGAAUUCGCGCCUCUUUAAGCAAUUCGCCGGCGAGUACGAGGCGGUUGAGGAGGCGGGUGCGGGGGCCUGGAAUGCCUGAAGACCACGGUGGUGUUGGAGAGGGACUCACCACGCCACCGGCUUCGAGGGAUGGAUGGGGGCCUGGUGGUGGGUGGGAGAUGUUUGAGCCGAGGGGUAAGGAGCGUGAGGAAAAGGAUAAAGGAAUGGCUGAGGAUGGGAUGGAUGUUGAUGAAUCUUGACGAAAAUAGAGAUACUGCCUGUUCUUGGGCUAGAAUUGGUGAUCUGAACUUGUAUCGCCAUAUGCAAUGCUCGCUAUCGAAAUGACAGUAGAAUCAUACCCAUCU